GGCAAGCAGCUGGCAAUUGGCAAAAUCUAUCAUAGCGUGAAGGGUUCGUUCUCUCUCCAAGCUCAAGCAAUAGAGAAGAAGCAAACCUCUGUCGUAGCAUCCUGAUCUGUAAUAACUAUUCUUAACCCUAGUCCUCGUUCUCGUUUUCCUCUGAAGAUUAGUAGAUCUAAGAGAUCGGAUAAACUCUUUAAUCUCUCUCAAAUUUCUUAAAUUUAAAGCCGGUAAUUAGGGUUUCGUGGUAGAUUAGAAUCGGGAUUGGCUUGUUUAGGGUCUCCUGUCCUCACUUCCUCUCGGUGCAGGUUAUUUCCUGAGAACAUGGUUUCCUCAAGAGCCCUUCUUCAUGAACUCGACCCUAAUUUUGUCUUCAGAAAACGGCAGAAGGUUUCGGAUUUCGAAUACCAAGAUCAAGAUGCACAUACAUGUUUAGGAAAUCAUGUUGAUACUGCCUCGUCUAUGCAGCCUGCUGCUGAAGGAUGCUCUUCUCAUGGGUGUGUGGACCUCAACCACGUUUCUUCAUCUUGCUGCAAUUUGGAUGAAAAAUUUACUUCAUGUUCUGCAACGGAGAUGAGCGGCCAAUCUAAUGGCAAUGGUGGCGAGAUUCCGCAGUCAUGUAAUAGUGGGGGUACUUCAUACCAGGAGAAGAGUUACUCUGCGUAUGGUACAACUGCUUUUGUGAGUGGUUGGAUGUAUGUUAAUGAACAAGGGCAAAUGUGUGGUCCUUAUAUUAAGGAACAGUUAUAUGAGGGUUUAUCAACUGGUUUCUUGCCUGACGAGCUUCAUGUGUAUCCUGUGGUAAAUGGGACAUUGAUAAACCCUGUACCGUUGAAGUAUUUCAAGCAGUUUCCUGACCAUAUCGCCACUGGUUUUGCGUAUCUGAGCAUGGGCAUCCCAAGCACAACCACUCCAACGAAUUGUAUUACCUCUGGCCCUACUGUUUAUUCGGAGUUGCAGUCAGUUUUCCAAUUACCUGCCAACAGCAGUUAUAACUCAAAUCAGCUGACGUUAAACCUUGAUGCAGUUAAUUCUACAUAUCAGCUACCGUCAGGAGAUGAAUCUUGUUGGUUGUAUGCGGACGAUGAGGGGAGGAAACAUGGACCACAUUCUCUUUCAGAACUACAUUCUUGGCAUCGCUAUGGAUAUCUCCAAGACUCAUUAAUGAUUUAUCAUAUUGAAAAUAAGUUUAAACCCUUAACAUUGCUAUCUAUUAUGAACGCAUGGAAUACUGGUGGCUAUGAUAUUGUCUCCACAGCUGUUUCCGAAAGCAACGAGACUGGCUCGUUGCAAUGCUUCAUUUCUGAAAUUUCUGAAGGAGUAUCUUCCCAACUGCACUCAAGCAUUAUGAAAGCGGCUCGUAGAGUUGUGUUAGACGAAAUCAUCAGCAAUAUUAUUGGAGAGUUUGUUCCUACAAGGAAAGCUGAAAGAAGACUGAAGCAUGAAUCAGUUAAUCAUGCUGCCCAAAGUUUCCCUUUGAAAGGCACAACGUAUGAAAUUUCUGGGGAAAGGAAGGAUUUUACUGCCUUUGCUUGUGAGGCUUCGGCCUCCACUACUAUUGCUGACCAGACAUGUAUUAGUAAAAUUUCAGCACAACCUCUCGCAAAAACUAGAUCUGUUGGGAGCGUUGAAAAUUUUUGGGGUUCUUACACAGUUGUUUGUGGAAUGCUCUUAAAUUAUUGCAUGGAAGUCAUGUGGAAUGCUGUGUUUUAUGAUACUGUAGCAGAACACUCCUCUGCCUGGAGAAAGAGAAAACUUUGGUCAGGCUAUCCAAAAUUUAAGAUACCUGGUAGUGAACUUAGGGAUCGUGGAGAGAAGCCCGAAAGACUACCUGAUGAAAAGUUACUGCCCUGGAAAGAAUCUGCUUAUGAUGUUGAUUGCCCUCCUGGUUUUGAAGUGGUGGCAAUGGUUACAGAUGAUCAUGCCCAGUCAUCAUCUAUCAUGUCCUCAUUGGCUCUUGUGGGGGGAAAGUCAUUGGCAGAGAAUAAGCUGCUAUACACUGACCAUAUGCAUGCAAACGUGACAUCCGUUUUAGAAUGUGUGGAACGUGAGCUUCAUUUUUCUGCAAAGGAAUCUCUGGAGGAGUAUCUUGAAAGCAUUGUUGUUGAGGAAUUGAGGGACUACUUCAACCCUGUUGAGAAUGACAAUCUGAAUGAGAAUGCUGUUGCUUCUCCUAUUCAGUGCCCUCAUCCAAGUGAGUAUGAUUCUUCACACAUGGGUGAUGAACUAAGAACUAGUGCAAAUGAAACAUCUAGCAAUGAUCCAUCGCAAGCAGCUAAACCCAUGAAUCAGCGUUUGUCUGAAAGUUGUAUGUCUAAUUUGUUGGCUAGUGUGUUUAAGGAUUUGUGCACGGACGUUGACCAUAUAGUUGAUUAUGAAGAAAUGAAUGAGCCACCAACCCCUGGAUUUGAAGAUAAUCCAAAGAUUCCUGCUCCAUUGACUACUUGUAAGUUUCGACCCUCAAGGUCAGAUGAGUUUACCCCUAUGAUUGGAGAUUAUGUUGCAAUGGCAAUGUGCCGGCAGAAGUUGCAUGGUGACGUUCUUAGAGAAUGGAAAUCCUUGUUCCUUGAUGUUUGUCUUCAUCAGUUUAUUACAUCGUGGCGUGCUUCAAAGAAACCCUAUGAACCUGAUGCCAAUAAGGAAAGAGAAUUUAAUGCAAGUAAAGAACGUUCUGGAAAUCCUCCUACUUUAGUUGGCAAGCACAUUCAUGAUGCAGGCACUCUGAAUGUAUCCCAGGCGGUUGGUAACUAUACAUAUUACCGCAAGAAAAAGUUGUUGAAGAAAAAAUUGGGAUCUGCUUCUUUCUGUCUGACUCCAACUAAUGUUGGAACAAGCAAUCAAUCUGUGGAAAAGUCUAGGAAACAUGCUGCUGGCGAUGUAUCUAAGACUGUGGAAGUCCAAACUGCUACCAUUAGUCCUAAAAGACUGGUACCAAAUAAAAGACGGACUAAGUCAGUCCUUGUUAAGAGUAGUUUGCCCGGUGAUCGGUCAUUGAACAAGAAUGCAAGUAGCCAGAAAGGACUGAAGGUUGCUCAUACAAUUCAGAAUAACAAGGUCUCGAAAGAUGCUGCUGUUAAACGUAGCAGGGAUAGAGCUUUGUCCUUAUCGAAGAAUCAUAAUGAUAUUGAGAAGGUCGUUGAGAGCAAUAUCCAUGAUGUUGCAAUUCGAAAAGAAUGUAAUGCAACUAAAGUGUUAAAUAUAAAAAGAAAGCAUAUAACGGACAAUGUGCCAUCGUCACGUCCGACUAAGGUUUCAAAAGUAGCUGAUGGUCCUUCCAAACAAGCAGCAUGUGGAAAGGUUGCUGUGAAAAAGAUGAAGUCCACUAAAUCAAGGGCAUUAAAGACCUACCCUAGAUCUGAUGGUUGUGCUCGGUCAUCAAUCAAUGGCUGGGAAUGGCAUAGAUGGUCCCUGAGUGCAAGCCCUGCUGAAAGAGCUCGUGUGAGAGGUGUUCCGUUUAAUCAUUCCAAGUAUGUUGGUUCUGAGAUAAAUGCUUCUCAGUGGUCAAAUGUCAAGGGUCUUUCAGCAAGAACAAACAGGGUGAAGCUUCGCAGUCUUCUCGCUGCUGUGGAGGGUGCUGACCUUUUGAAAGCUACUCAAUUAAAGGCAAGGAAGAAGCGCCUACGUUUCCAACGGAGCAAUAUACAUGAUUGGGGCCUUGUUGCCUUGGAGCCAAUUGAGGCAGAUGACUUUGUCAUUGAAUAUGUUGGAGAGCUAAUUCGUCCCAGGAUAUCUGAUAUACGGGAACGCCAUUACGAGAAGAUGGGAAUUGGCAGCAGUUAUCUUUUUAGACUUGACGAUGGUUAUGUGGUCGAUGCUACAAAGCGUGGCGGAAUUGCUAGAUUUAUAAACCAUUCGUGUGAGCCAAACUGCUACACCAAGGUUAUAACUGUUGAAGGACAAAAAAAGAUCUUCAUUUAUGCAAAACGGCAUAUAGCUGCUGGUGAAGAAAUUACUUACAAUUACAAGUUUCCGUUGGAGGAGAAAAAGAUCCCCUGCCACUGUGGUUCUAGGAAGUGUCGUGGAUCAUUGAAUUAAGUUGUUUGAGUUGCCAAUCCUGGCCAUUCUUGAGCUUUGCUUCUCAUAUUGUUGAGUUGGCCAUGAUCUUUGCCAUGGUUGGAUAUGAGCGAAUGUGGAAUCAAUGGGCAUGCAAUUUUUUCAUUACUGUAGCUUGGCAGUCUUGGAGGUGUUUCGAUAUUAGCUUGUCGUCAGUAGUUUCAAAAUAACAAGAUGAUGAUUUGGAGCGGGGUCCUUUGGUAGGGUUUAUCAUCGGUUGUAUGUUUCCAAUCACCACGCAGUUUAACUGAAGGCUAAAAAGCUUAUAGGUGUCAACAAAAGCUGGAUAAUGCGAUUAUGGUGACCACUAUGGUUUAGACUUCUGCCUACUUGCGAAGAUGAAUUACUGACCCAAUGUGCAUUCUUGUAGAUAUCUCUCUGUUGCAGAUGAGUUUCUUCCCUUAGAAACUGUAAAUCAGUCUUUUGUUUCUUUACCACAUGACAUUUUGGAAUAUGGAUUUUUUGUACAAACAUGCAUUAUUCUUUGUUUUCCAAUAUAAAGAAAAUAAAUUUAUUUGGCAAAUACUGGAAAUGAUACCAACGUCUCUGUUGGUGAUUUAUAGUUGUAAGAAUCUGUUCCCAGCAACUUAAAACCCUGUUUCAGAAUUUCUUCCUUGUGUUGUAUGAUGAAUAAGAAACCAAAAAAGAAAAAUAAAAGUAAACUGGAAUUCGUUUUCCUCUGUCCAAUAGCUAGAGUGUUAAAAGGAAGGCCUCUGGGGCAAGCCACCAAUUAUUUAAUUUAUCUGACGGUUUGCAUUUUGAGCAGCUAAUUGAUUGCUGGAAUUAGUCGUAAUCUGUAUGGUGGACCCGAUUCAAGUCUAGCAUUUGUUGAGAUGAUUUCCUAUUAAUGCCCUUCAAUAAAUUCCCAUUUAUGAAGCAUGUUUGUAGAUGAAAAAUUAAAAAAAUGAAAACUAGAGAAAUUCGUUUUAACUUUUUACUGCUAGUUUCAUGGGCUAUAGUCUAUACUCGAUACUCGUACUAUAUGCCAGGUCCUUUUUGUUAUUUAUUGAAAGAGUGGGUGGCUGAAUUCAAGUGGAAAGAGAUGGCUUAUUUUUUUAUUUUUUAUUUUAUAAGUGGAAAGAGAUAGUUUAGUUAUAUUUUGCAAAAACAACUCAAUAAUAUUUGAUUGUUGUUGAAAAAAUCAUGUAACUCCGAAUCGCCAGUUGUGUUAAAAGUGGUCAAUUGAUCAUGCAACUCUAAACCCUUACUGGGAUGUAGGGUUAGUCUAGAGAAGCUACUUGGGAAAAUAUUUUUUCAUGUGCUCUUUUUUCCAUGCAAAUUCUAUAGAUCCAUGCGAGUACCCAGACUUGCCCUUCUUUUUUUUUUUUUUUUUUUUUAAAGUCCUAGUUGGUUUCUCUUUUCAUUAGUUCUUAUGGUUGCAGGAGUAGAUCAACUAGGAACGCCACCUUAGCUGCUGGUCGGAGGUUUAUUUAUGUCCUCUGGUAUGUUUCCUCCCCCCUUUAUCUUCACUGGUACUAUAUUUCUUGAAACACCCAAUUUUCUUGACUUGUAUAAACAGUGAAGGUGGGGUCCGUAAUGGGUAUUCAACUGGGCAAUUUUCAAGCAAGAUACUACGUUUGAUGAGUUUAAACCAAGUAACAAACAAAACAAAAAAGAUUGGCCAUCUUAUACAUUGAACAGUAUUUAUUAUGCCUUUGAACCACUGGUCAGGCGUGGCUUAUCUCAGACCAGCUCAUGAAGAACAUAAUUUUUGUAAAAGGAUAAAAUAAAAAAGAACUAGCUUUGAUGUGAUCCAAAA